CGGACGCAAUACCAUAUUAAAGUUCCUACAUUAAUGUGAACCUUCUUUGAUAAGUCCUCCUUUCGAACCAAAAAUCAGAAAUGGCCCUCCUCCACCGAUCCGACGCCAUUUUGCAGGAUUCCGAACCGGGAACUCCGCUUUUGCGUCUCGAGACAAUGAACGGCGCCGUUGACUACAAAGGCCGACCGGCGAUCAGAUCCAAGUCUGGCAAUUGGAGAUCAGCAUGCUUCAUCAUAGGUGUGGAAGUGGGAGAGAGGAUCGCGUUCUACGGGAUAGGAUCCAACCUCAUCACUUUCUUGACGGGGCCGCUUCAUCAGAGCACGGCGGCGGCGGCGAAGAAUGUGAACGUUUGGGAGGGAACGGCGUCGUUGCUGCCUCUGUUGGGUGCUUUCAUCGCCGAUUCCUAUCUUGGACGCUAUCGAACCAUCAUUGGAGCUUCUCUAGUCUACAUCCUGGGACUCGGCAUGUUGUCUCUGUCAGCCAUGCUUCCUUCAUGUACUACUUUGGAGUUAGAAUUGGCAUCAUGUUCUCCAAAGUUGCAAGUGAUGUUGUUCUUCUUCUCGCUUUACCUAGUGGCCAUUGGCCAAGGAGGUCAUAAGCCUUGUGUUCAAGCUUUUGGAGCUGAUCAAUUCGAUAAUCACCAUCCAGAAGAAUGCAAAGCCAGAAGCUCAUUCUUUAAUUGGUGGUAUUUUACCAUGUGUGCAGGCUGCUUGCUCACUCUCUCUUUCUUGAACUACAUCCAAGAAAACUUUAGUUGGGUUCUUGGAUUUGGAAUCCCUUGUCUUGCAAUGCUCAUUGCUUUGGUUGUUUUCUUGUUUGGAACUAAGACUUACAGAUUUCACUUUGAAAAGAACAACAGGAGUCCUUUUGUUAGAAUUGGCAGAGUUUUUGCUGCAGCUAUAAGAAACCGACGAAUUACUGUGUCGGACAUUGCAAUCAAAGAUGAAGCUUGUAAUAUCAUUCCAUGCCAAUGUUCUAAACAAUUAAACAGGUUCCUAAACAAGGCUCUGUUUGCACCUAAAGGAUCUAAAGAAGAGGAGGUAUGUAGCGUUAAUGAGGUGGAAGAAGCAAAAGCUGUACUUAGGCUUGUUCCUAUAUGGGCUACAAGUUUGGUGUUUGGUAUCGUUUAUGCUCAAGUUCGAACUUUCUUCACCAAACAAGGGUUUAAUAUGGACAGGACAAUUUUUCCAGGUCUUGUUAUACCUGCUGCUUCUUUACAAUCCCUUGUCACCUUGGCCAUUGUUAUUGUCAGCCCCAUCUAUGAUCGGAUAUUCGUACCAAUAGCAAGAGCCAUCACUGAGAAACCCUCUGGAAUCACAAUGCUACAAAGGAUUGGAACUGGAUUAUUUUUAUCGAUAAUUACCAUGGCUAUGGCGGCUCUUGUUGAGAUGAAAAGAUUGGAAGCGGCUGUUGAAUUUGAUCUAGUUGAUAAACCAAAUGAAAGUAUACCACUCAGUGUGUGGUGGCUGAUUCCCCAGUUCUUCUUAUUUGGAGUUUCUGAGGUUUUCACUAUGGUUGGUCUCCAAGAAUUUUUCUAUGAUCAGGUACCAGAUGAACUAAGAAGCAUGGGCCUUGCCCUUUACUUGAGUGUAAUUGGUGUGGGGAGCUUUUUAAGCAGCUUUCUGAUCUCUGUGCUAGAGGUAAUAACUGGUAAACUGGGAAAUAGUAGCUGGUUUAAUGACAAUCUCAACCAGGCACAUAUUGAUUACUUUUAUUGGUUACUUGCUGGGCUCAGUGUGAUGGGGUUGACUUUAUUCAUCUUUAAUGCAAAAUCAUACAUCUAUAAUCAGAAAAGUAUUGCAUAGGGAUGACAUGUUUCAUUCUGUCAUUUCAAAAUGUAUUAAGAAGUAUAAUGUAUUGUGUUCAGUGUAGUGUUAAACAAGAAAAAGGCUUAAUGCGGAGCAAAAUCCAUAUUCGAAAUGUUUAUUCUCUUGGUGUAGCAGGAAAAAUUUUCAUUAAAUUUUUAGUAGUUAAAUGGAAAGCAGGGAACCAAAAGGUAGUUAUGGAU